CAGUUCUACUCCACAGAGAAGUACAAUCAUGGGAGAUGGUGAAAUGGAGUGUUUCGGCCCGGCGGCCAUUUACCUCCGGAAGCCAGAAAGAGAGCGAAUCGAGGCUCAGACCGCCCCCUUUGAUGCCAAAACAGAAUUCUUUGUGACAGAUGCAGCUGAGAUGUACCUGAAAAGUACUCUUGUUAGUAGAGAGGGUGGCAAAGCUACUGUCAAAACUCACUGUGGGAAAACUGUCACAGUAAAAGAAGAUGAAAUCUUCCCAAUGAAUCCUCCCAAGUAUGACAAAAUGGAGGACAUGGCCAUGAUGACCCAACUCAAUGAGCCUUCUGUGCUGUUUAACCUCAAAGAGC